AUGAUGAAAAUGCCUUUGCCAAGUAUUGACCAUGUGAAAGUAGCAGUGCGAGUGCGGCCUUUUAGUCAGAGAGAGAAGAAUUCUGGAAGCAAAUGUGUCAUUUCCAUGCAUUCUAAGACCACCACUGCUAUACAGGACCCUAAGAAUCCAGAGAAUGUGAAGACUUUUACUUUUGAUCUGGCCUAUUGGUCACACAGUGGAUUUCAAAAGGAUAAAGAUGGUGUGCUUAUUUCAGCUGAUGCUAGCAGUAACUUUUCAGGCCAGAGAGAUGUCUUCUGUGACCUUGGCAGAGGAAUUCUAGACAAUGCCUGGCAAGGCUAUAAUGCGACGCUCCUAGCCUAUGGUCAAACUGGCUCUGGGAAAAGCUAUUCCAUGAUUGGAUUUGGUGCAAAUAAAGGCAUCAUUCCAAAUGUGUGUGAGGAGCUCUUCCAAGCCAUUGAAAAUCAGGGGAAAAGUCAAGAAUACCAGGUUACAUUCAGCAUGCUGGAGAUUUACAAUGAGCAGGUAAGAGAUCUGCUGUCCAGUACCAAGAAACCUGGUGGGUUAAAAAUCAGGGAAGACCAACAGCUGGGCUUUUAUGUGGAUGGUCUGACGUCGGUGCCAUGUGAGAACUACACACAGAUUGAAAGACUGAUGGAGCAAGGAACAAAAAUAAGGACAACGGCUUCAACCAACAUAAAUGCCAGCAGUAGCCGAUCCCACAUGGUCAUCACCAUUCAGUUCAAGCAGGUUGCUCUGGACAACGGCCUCACCAAGCAAUCCAGCAUCAACCUGGUGGACUUGGCAGGAAGUGAAAGACAGAAAUCUUCUGGCUCUGAAGGGGACAGACUCCGGGAAGGGUCACGAGUCAACUUAAGUUUAACCAGUUUAGGAAAUGUUAUCAGUGCACUUGCAGAUGUGGCCAUGGGGAAGAAAGUCCUGCACAUUCCCUACAGAGAUUCAAUUCUGACCAAAUUGCUUCAGUCAGCACUGGGGGGCAACAGCAGGACCACUUUGAUAGCAACUAUAAGUCCAGCUGACAUCUGCUAUGAGGAGACUUUAUCAACACUGAGAUAUGCUGAACGGGCGAAAAGGAUCCGGAACAAAGCCGUGGUCAACACCUGGAAGCUGACCCGAGCAUCCAGGACUGAGGAAAGCACCUCAUGUCUUGAGCAUGGAAACUCCAUCAUGGCAGAGCAGCCGCCACCCCUGCACAACAACAAUAACUGCGAAGAAAGCGAGCAGUCUUUGCCGCCGCCAGCCGGCCUCAACAGUUCCUGGGUGGAGCUACCGAUGAAUAGCAGCAAUGGCAAUGAGAAAAAUGGAGGGCUAGAACAUACAUGUUGCUUAAAACACCUCUCCCCUCCAGAAGUGUGUUUCCUGGCAGAUACCCAACACGGGUCCCGAGUUCCCCGGAUGGACUGGGCACACCAGCUGGAGCUGGCCCGGGAAGAGUGGGGACAGCAGUUCGCCACCAUUGCCCAUGAGCAACAGAUGAUGAAGACCCUCCCUCACCUCCUCAAUGUCAAUGAGGACCCCCAGCUGACCGGCGUGCUCAAGUUCUUCAUCCACGCGGGUACUCACUCCCUGGAGCCCCCUGACAAGCAUGCUCCUCACCACCUACUUCUGGAAGUUCUGAGAAUUGCAGAGAGACAUGCUUCCUUCGCCAAUCUGGAUGGUCAAGUCACAGUAACUCCUCACAGCAAAUGCAAAGUUUUCAUGAAUGGGGUGCCCAUCACCACAAAGACAAGGCUGCAGCACUUGGACCGGAUUAUUUUGGGAUCUAACAGCGCUUACCUGUAUAUCGGGCUUCCUUCUGAGCGAGGGGGUGAGGACGUGAGCCGAUUUGACUACGAAUUUUUCCAGCUAGAGCGAGCAGCUGCAGAGGGUGUGAGUGUGGACAAGCUGACAGGUGUCGCACACAGCAUAGAUGGGAAAUCAGACCCAAUUGUCCGAGCGGUGUUCCAGGAUUACGUCAAACUCAUGCCUCUAGUGGCAGAGGCAAAUCAGAUGAGUGAGGAGCUGAGGAAGGGCCUUAAACUGGAACUGAAAGUGAAGAAUCUGGCAUCAUCAGAUUCCAGGGGCUACGAUCUACAGAAGGAGGUCAUGGUGAAGGUGACCAACCAUUGGAGCCAUUCUGUGUGGAUAUGGUCCAAGGCCAAGUUUAUCAACAGGAAGUUCCUGAUGGAGGAGAUUUACCAGAGCUUUCUUGAUGGAGGAGAUGGCCACGUGGCUCAAGAAAGCGACCCUUUCUGGGACCCUGUUGAGGUUGUGCAUCUGGGCUCAGCUCACAUUUGGCUCCAGUCUCUCGCUUACUGCAUGAAGUCUGAGGAGCAAGUGGAGUUUCUCAACUGUGACGGGCUGGAGGAGGCAGUGCUGCAUGUCCACAUAACUCCCUGCUCAGUCACUGGACAAGAACAUGGCGAGGACGAUGUGGUCAUUGACCCCUUGGAGCUGUUGGGAAAGAGGAUUGACUUCCAGAUUCACAUUAUUCAGUGCUUCGGUGUCAAGUGGUUGAAAGAAGACACCAAGCGGGGCAUCCAGCUUGGGUAUAGAAUUUAUGAUCUUCCAAACCCUUUGUAUACCAAGGCUGUAUGGAAAAUUGUGAAUCCCCAAAUUGAAGAAACUGUCCAAUUUGCAGCCUUACACGCAUCUCUGGAGUUUCUGAACUAUUUACAGACGAAUGCUCUCAUUGUUGAUUUAUGGGGCCUUCAAGAAGGCUGUGCUGAACUAAGUAGCUCCCAGCAGGACUUCGUUAUCACAAGUGAAGGCCACAUCGUGCUAGACACCAACAUCACUUCUGAUGUAAUGGGUGCAGGCCAGGCUACAUCAAAUCAGAUAUCAGAACUUUAUCUGAAGCUUUUCAAGUUAGAACAGGAGACAGACCUGCUCAGGAACAUUAACAGAGCCCUACGAGAAGAAAACCUAUUUCUCAAACAAUCACUGGCGAGAAUUGGUUCUGGUGAACAAGCCCGAAAGCCUUCUGGUACUCCGAAGAGAACUGGGGUGGCAGCACAAUUGCCACCAGCCAAAGAGAUUAAUCAAAUGCAUGCUCGCCGAGCCAAUUAUGACGGAGAACUCGCCAAAGCUCUCAAGGCAUUCUACCAAAGCAUGAACAUGGCUAGAGGGCAGUUCCUCAGGCUGAGGCAUCACAAGCUCCCAGAUGAUGAUCAAAUGCUUCGACCAUUUAUACGCCAACAGUCCCAGAUGUUUAAGGACUUUGGGGACCUACUUGAAUCCAGCUUGUGGAGGCUGAAAAACGAUGUCGCUCUUCUAGUAAAAAAAAAGAGAGAAUUUCUGUCGCAUGACAGAGAAUGA